GGGGACCAUGGUAUAAAAGCUCUCGGCGUGGCCGUUCGAAGUCAUUCUCUCGGUCUCCACCGGAACGAAGCUAACCACAAACAUGUUCGCCGUCCGUGCCCUCCUCCUCCUGGCUCUUGCCUACUACGCCCACGCUGGCGCUGUGACCGCUGUCCACUCCAGCUACGCCACCCACGUCAACCACGGCCACGGCUACGGCUAUGGCCGCGGCUAUGGUGGAUACGGCGGCGGCUACGGCGGAUACGGCGGAUACGGCGGCUACGGCUAUGGCGGCUAUGGCCACGGAGGUCUCGGCUACGGCGGAUAUGGCUAUGGUGGUCUCGGCUACGGACACGCUGCCGUCGCUGCUGUGCCCGCUGUCGCUAAGGUCGCCGCUGCUCCCGUCGUCGCUGUCGGACACGGCUACGGCCACGGCUACGGCCACGGCUACGGCCACGGUCUUGGUUUCGGUCUUGGUGGCUUCGGCUAUGGCGGCUAUGGUCACGGAUAUGGUCUCGGCUACGGACACGCCGUCGCUGUCCCAGCUGUUGCCAAGGUUGCUGCCCCCGUCGUCGCCGUCGGACACGGCUACGGCUACGGUCAUGGCUACGGCUACGGCCACGGCUACCAUUAAGUACAUUAUUUCAAGGAUAUUGAUCGUCUCUUAGCAACAAUUUAUUUAUGCACCCGAAACGACAUCAGUGCCACCGAGCCUUGGGCAGCAAGACCGGGCGGAGCGGACUGAACUGUGUACAAAAAAUUUCAAAAUAAACACACACCACACUGCUAUUACCGCUGU